AUGUAUCUUGAGAGCUCCGUCCUUAACAAUCGGUUAGUGGCUCUAGGCUGCUGUGCUCUUCUACUAUGGAUACUUAAAGCAAAAGCGCAAGCGCUCUCACUACCAGUAGUGUUAAAGGGUUUGGAGAAGAGAGUGAAGAACAGGAUUGCACUCGUCAAAUAUCCAUUUACAGCGAAACAAACAAUUCAAGAGGCGAUCACACAGGCCAAAGGAAGCCCCGUGCAGUUAAUUUCGCCAGAAAGUCUCGUCACGUUUGUGACUUCUUCCAAACACAUAAAAGAUAUCGCAAAUGCUGCUAAUGAUGAGCUAUCACUUCAUGCGGCUGCGAAAAAGAUACUCAAACCCGAAUAUACCAUGAAUGGCUUCAAUUGGCAUGACAAAAGAGGUGUCGACGGUAUCGGAUUUGUCAGAGCUCUAAGGACUCUCUUGACCAACCAUCUGCCUCAUCUUACAGCGAGUAUUCGCAAGCUCAUCGACGACACUUUCAAAGAGGAACUGGGAGACGGGGUUUCUGCAAAUGCUAUGCAUAUAAUAAAGACUGUGGCUACCAAAGUUACUGCUUACUCAUUCUUCGGCCCAGACGUCAUGGGAGACGAGAAAUUCAUGGAUGCAGCACUAUAUUAUAACCAUGAUGUUAUGUUGGGAUCAGAGGUUCUGCGAUUGUGUCCUCAAUUCCUUGAACCGAUUGUUGGGACAUUCAUCCCAUUCUUCCUCCGAAGACAACAAACAUUCUAUUAUGGUCUUACCGCAAUCUUCGAAAAGAGAUUAAGCGACCCAGACAAGAGUAAAAAACAUGACGAUGUCUUUCAGUGGAUCAUUGAUACUUCCCCUAAGACUAACACAUGGACUCCUGGUAGAAUGGCCUUCGAAAUCAUGGCUAUCUGGUUCGGAUCCGUCGAGGGUCUCUCCACAACCCUUCUGUUUGCUGUCUAUAACCUAUGCUCGCACCCCGAGUAUAUGAUACCACUACGAGAAGAACUUGGAGGUAAAGCUGCGGAUGACUUCUACAAAACUGGUGAGGGUCUCCCGCUCAUGGAUAGCUUUCUCAAGGAGUCAUCACGUUGGACACCUGUUGAAUCUGUUUCCACUCGUCGUUGCGCAUUGAAGGACUUCACAUUCUUCGAUGGUACACACGUUAAGAAAGGCGACUGGAUUUGUGUGCCUGUCGGCGCAAUGCUAAGUGAUGCCGAGAAUUAUCCACAACCCGAUGUCUUUAACGGAUUUCGGUUUGCAGAUCCAAAGAUCUUUGACAAGGAGCAUUCAGUUCAACCCGAAGGACCAUCAAAAUUCACUGAUAUCUCGGACAAAUGGCAGGUUUGGGGAACAGGCAAGAUUCUCUGCCCAGGACGAUUCUUUGUGGGAUUUGCGAUGAAGCAUAUUAUGGUUCACAUUGUGAACAAUUACGAACCUGAGCUGGUCGACAAGAAUAGCCGUCCUACCCUAAAUUGGCGAACGUGGACGUUACCAAAACCAGGGGUCAAAAUGAACUUUCAGCCACGGGUCUAG